UGCCCUGCUCCCAGGUGCCACUCCCUCCCAGGGAAGACUGCUUCUUGUGUGACGCGGGCCAUAGAGAGAGACUCCGAUGGACUUACACCGGGCAGCCUUCAAGAUGGAGAACUCAUCCUACCUCCCCAACCCGCUGGCAUCCCCAGCCCUGAUGGUCCUGGCGUCCACGGCUGAGGCCAGCCGUGAUGCAUCCAUCCCUUGUCAGCAGCCACGACCCUUCGGUGUACCUGUCUCAGUAGACAAGGACGUGCAUAUUCCAUUCACCAAUGGUUCCUACACCUUUGCCUCUAUGUACCAUCGGCAAGGUGGGGUACCAGGGACUUUUGCCAAUCGCGAUUUUCCCCCUUCGUUGCUACACCUCCACCCGCAGUUUGCUCCCCCAAACCUAGAUUGCACCCCAAUCAGUAUGCUGAAUCACAGCGGAGUGGGGGCUUUCCGUCCCUUUGCUUCCACUGAGGACCGGGAGAGUUAUCAGUCAGCCUUCACGCCCGCCAAGCGACUUAAAAACUGCCAUGACACAGAUUCUCCCCACUUGCGCUUCUCAGAUGCAGAUGGCAAGGAAUAUGACUUUGGGACACAGCUGCCAUCUAGCUCCCCCGGUUCACUUAAGGUUGACGACACUGGGAAGAAGAUUUUUGCUGUCUCUGGCCUCAUUUCAGAUCGGGAAGCCUCAUCUAGCCCAGAAGAUCGGAAUGACAGAUGUAAGAAAAAGGCAGCAGCACUGUUUGACAGCCAGGCCCCUAUUUGCCCCAUCUGUCAGGUCCUGCUGAGGCCCAGCGAGCUACAGGAGCAUAUGGAGCAAGAACUAGAGCAGCUGGCCCAGCUGCCCGCCAGCAAGAAUUCCCUUCUGAAGGAUGCCAUGGCUCCAGGCACCCCCAAGUCCCUCUUGUUGUCUGCUUCCAUCAAGAGGGAAGGAGAGUCUCCAACGGCAUCACCACACUCAUCAGCCACCGAUGACCUGCACCACUCAGACAGAUACCAGACCUUCUUGCGAGUGCGAGCCAACCGGCAGACCCGACUGAAUGCUCGGAUUGGGAAAAUGAAACGGAGGAAGCAAGAUGAAGGGCAGGUAUGUCCCCUGUGCAGCUGCCCCCUGGCAGGAUCGGAGCAGGAGAUGAGUAGGCAUGUGGAGCAUUGCCUUUCUAAGAGGGAAGGCUCCUGCAUGGCUGAGGACGAUGCCGCGGACAUCGAGCAUGAGAACAGCAACCGCUUUGAGGAGUAUGAGUGGUGCGGGCAGAAGCGGAUACGGGCCACCACUCUCCUGGAAGGUGGUUUCCGAGGUACAAGCAGCCGACACCUAGGCUCUGGCUUCGUCAUGUGCAGCGGCAAAGAGAAUCCGGACAGUGACGCUGACUUGGAUGUGGAUGGGGAUGACACUCUGGAGUAUGGGAAGCCACAAUACACGGAGGCCGACGUCAUCCCCUGCACAGGCGAGGAGCCUGGCGAAGCCAAGGAGAGAGAGGCACUGCGGGGCGCAGUCCUAAAUGGUGGCCCUCCCAGCACACGCAUCACACCUGAGUUCUCUAAAUGGGCCAGUGAUGAGAUGCCAUCCACCAGCAACGGUGAGAGCAGCAAACAGGAGGCCAUGCAGAAGACCUGCAAGAACAGCGACAUUGAGAAAAUCACCGAAGAUUCAGCUGUGACCACGUUUGAGGCCCUGAAGGCUCGGGUCAGGGAACUUGAACGGCAGCUAUCUCGUGGGGACCGUUACAAAUGCCUCAUCUGCAUGGACUCAUACUCGAUGCCUCUGACGUCCAUCCAGUGUUGGCAUGUGCACUGUGAGGAGUGCUGGCUGCGGACCCUGGGCGCCAAGAAGCUCUGCCCCCAGUGCAACACCAUCACAGCGCCCGGAGACCUGCGGAGAAUCUACUUGUGAGCCGGCCACCCCAAGCAGGCCUUGCCUCCAGCGCCACGCCUGCCCCACCUGCGACGAGAUGCCCCCUUGUACAUACUUGCACACAGGUUCCCCAUGUACAUACAUGAACACACAUGAACACGCACACACACAGGACUCUGGAGCCAGAAUGGAGGCUGAGGCCCAGGCCCUGCCUGCUGGCUCCCACCAAGAUUGGGGGCCAUACCUGUUCCAGGUUCUGUUCCCAGGGUGGGGCAGGGAGGUGGGGGUGGGGGGAGUAUUGUCAAGCAAGGCUCCUGAGAUCCAGCCCCCAGACAGACAGACAUGCAAACACCAGACUGAAGCACAUGUAAUAUAGACUGUGUAUGUUUACAAUGUUGUGUAUAAAUGGGACAGCUCCCCGCCCUCCGUCCCUUCCCCUGGUUGUAUGAUUUUCUUCUUUUGUUAAGAAGGCCUGGAGGCAGCGCCUCCUUGAGGGCUGGCUGGGGGCUCGGCCCAUCCGCCUCGGGGUGCCUGCCUCACUCCUCCCCGGUCCCUCCCCUCUCCCAUGUGCUCGCUGUUCAGUGGUGUAUAUUUCUUCUCCCAGACGUGGGGCAUGUGCCCCAAGGGACGUGAUCCUCUCCUUAGUCUUAGCUCCUGGGGCUCUUGGUAAGGAGUUGGGGGAGGGGGGAGGCACAGGCGUGGGAACCGAGCUGAAGCAGGGGCUGAGACUGGGCUGGACAAGGGUGCUUCUGGCUCCCCAGCCUUCCGCAGAGAACCUUUCCUGGGAUUAGAGCUGCUCUUCCCGGGAAAAGUGUGGUCUCCCCUGCCCUGUGGGCCCCAUGGUGUGAUGCUGUGUCUGUAUAUUCUAUACAAAGGUACUUGUCCUUUCCCUUUGUAAACUACAUUUGACAUGGAUUAAACCAGUAUAAACAG